AUGAUCUGCUUACUUGUGGGGCCCAGCGGACAGGAUGAGAGCCCAAAAUGUUCACUGAUUUCCGUCAGGAGUUGUGCAUGUCCACCACCUUACGUUGGAAGGAACGACCACAAAAUGGUUGCCUGCGGUUUGAAAGUAAAUGAAACUGGAGAAAUAGUUUAUGGAUUGCCCGUUGACCGGAACAACCAGCCAGUGUCACGUCUGCUGGAUGCCGUGGUCGAGGCCCCCGCAACGCCUUGCCUACCCACCGACUGUCAGCCACUGUACAAAUGGUGUGAAUGGGGUGUAUGGACAGCCUGGAGUCGAGUUUGUGGAGAGAAGGCGUAUCAACAGAGACGCAGAUACCGUGGCUGCUGCGAAUUGGCGCAGUGGAAGCCCGAGUUGAUUGCACACGCGUGUUCUAGUCACCUUAAUUUGUACCCCAGACCCAAAUUGCCAGGCAAGGCUUUGGAGAGACAAACCCGGGAAACCACAAAGAGCUGCACGAACUUGUCCCAACUAUUGGCCAGUGUAGAGGGCAAAGGCGAUGAUGAUGUGGAGAAAGCCCUUUUAGGGUUAGCUGUAAUUAGUCUUGUGACCCUGAUUGUCUCGCUUGUUCUUGUCGUCUAUUAUGUAAGGCUUGAGUGA